GCGAUUCACAAGUUACACUCCAUCUCUCGCAGUAGAGCAAAACAGUUCACAUUUGAUCCUCGUCCUAGUGCUACAUCGAUCGUGAGGAAAAUGAAAGGAAUAACAGUGAUCGUUGCUUUGCUGAUGUUCGGUUGCCUGGUUGCCAGCCAGAGUCACAACUAUUUCUGGGGUGUCCGUGAUCCGCGCGAUGUCCUACUUAACCGCACCAUUGCCGUCCGGUCUGGUACGAUUCUGCAGGUUAAGUCCAUCGAUUUGGUGUACCCGUUGAAGGGUCAGCAAGGGCGCAACAUCUCCGCUAUUUCCGUGGUCGAUCAGUACAUCAACGGUAAUGGAGGAUAUGCAAGUUUGUAUGCAGGUGGCAUUGGUUACAACUACACGACGGUACACCUGAAAUCGCAGCGAGGCCAUGGAUACAACUUUAUCGUAGAAAUUUACGGACGAUAAGCUGAUUGACGACGGUGCGGAGUUCUCGGGUAUCAUACAGAUGCGAAAGAAUAAUUCUCCGCGGUUUAUUUCGUAACGAAAUAGAUAGAAAAAAAUGCACGUUGUGAUUCUCCCUCGUUGUCAUGCCCACUAAGACCCUUCCCCUAUUUAAUAACUGUACCACAACUGACAGACAAAUAAAACAUAUUUUUAAUAAAA